GCCGCUGCUAAGGACGACGGGCUCGAGGCUAUAUAAAGCCACGCUAGGUGCGGAGCGGCCACAGGUUCACUUCUCGUGUCAGACUCUUCGCGUCUGUUUGAGAAAUAUACCCUCUCUUCAGCUUAAUCUCUUUCUCCAACCUUACAUCGUAAUCAUGCGUGAGUGCAUCUCCGUCCACGUUGGUCAGGCUGGUGUCCAGAUCGGCAAUGCCUGCUGGGAACUGUACUGUCUGGAGCACGGCAUCCAGCCUGAUGGUCAGAUGCCAUCCGACAAGACCAUCGGAGGAGGCGACGACUCCUUCAACACCUUCUUCAGCGAGACGGGAGCUGGCAAACACGUACCCCGUGCAGUCUUCGUCGACCUCGAGCCCACUGUUGUCGAUGAGGUUCGCACUGGUACCUAUCGCCAGCUCUUCCACCCAGAGCAACUCAUCACCGGUAAGGAGGACGCCGCCAACAACUACGCUCGCGGCCACUACACCAUCGGCAAAGAGAUCAUCGACCUUGUCCUCGACCGCAUCCGCAAGCUGGCUGACCAGUGCACUGGGCUGCAGGGUUUCCUCAUCUUCCAUUCCUUCGGUGGUGGCACCGGCUCUGGCUUCACCUCUCUCCUGAUGGAGCGUCUGUCUGUCGACUACGGCAAGAAGUCCAAGCUGGAGUUUGCUGUCUACCCUGCUCCUCAGGUAUCCACCGCAGUAGUUGAACCCUACAACUCCAUCCUCACCACUCACACCACCCUCGAGCACUCCGAUUGCGCCUUCAUGGUCGACAACGAGGCGAUCUACGACAUCUGCCGACGAAACCUCGACAUCGAGAGACCCACCUACACAAACCUCAACCGUCUUAUCGGUCAGAUCGUAUCCUCCAUCACCGCUUCUCUGCGCUUCGACGGUGCCCUCAACGUCGACCUGACGGAGUUCCAGACUAACCUCGUGCCCUACCCCCGCAUCCACUUCCCACUGGCUACCUACGCCCCCGUCAUCUCCGCCGAGAAGGCCUACCACGAGCAGCUGACGGUGGCCGAGAUCACCAACGCCUGCUUCGAGCCGGCCAAUCAGAUGGUCAAGUGCGACCCUCGCCACGGCAAGUACAUGGCCUGUUGCAUGCUGUACCGCGGUGAUGUCGUGCCUAAGGAUGUUAACGCCGCCAUCGCCACCAUCAAGACCAAGCGCACCAUCCAGUUCGUCGACUGGUGUCCCACUGGCUUCAAGGUGGGCAUCAACUACCAGCCUCCUACAGUGGUACCUGGUGGUGACCUGGCCAAGGUGCAGCGUGCCGUGUGCAUGUUGAGCAACACCACGGCCAUCGCCGAGGCCUGGGCCCGUCUCGACCACAAGUUCGACCUCAUGUACGCCAAGCGCGCCUUCGUGCACUGGUACGUGGGUGAGGGCAUGGAGGAGGGCGAGUUCUCCGAGGCCCGUGAGGAUCUGGCUGCCCUGGAGAAGGACUACGAGGAAGUCGGCGUCGACUCCGUGGAAGGCGAGGGUGAAGGAGAAGGCGAGGAAUAUUAAGAAUAUUUCAAAUAAAUUCCUGCAAUAAACGACCGAACAAAGAGGAAUUUGUCCCGGAAAUCUAUAAUUGACAUUUCGGCAAAAAGGACUUCGUACAUUCCAUGUAUCAUCCAUAGAAUCUAAAACUCAAAUUCGUUCCAGGACAAAUUACAAAACUAUCACAGUUCUUAUAUUUUCGUCUGAAAUGACAAAUGAAAUUUGCAAACAUUCUUUACAAUGCGAGCAAAUAACAUAAUCCAAACAGCUUUCUUUCCGGUUGUUUUUAUAAAGAAGAGAGAUUUAAGCCUGUUAUUAAAGUUUCGGUCAUCUUGUUGAGAAA